AAAAUGGGGUUGUUCAACAUCUCAUUGUUACUCACUUGUCUCAUGGUAUUAGCCAUAUUUCACUCUUGUGAGGCCCAAAAUUCACCCCAAGACUAUCUUGCGGUUCACAACGAUGCCCGUGCCCAAGUCGGAGUCGGGCCAAUGUCUUGGGAUGCCAACUUGGCAUCCCGAGCACAAAACUAUGCCAACUCAAGAGCGGGUGAUUGUAAUUUGAUUCAUUCUGGUGCUGGGGAGAACCUUGCCAAGGGUGGUGGUGACUUCACGGGGAGGGCAGCCGUGCAAUUGUGGGUGUCCGAGAGGCCAGACUAUAACUACGCUACCAACCAAUGUGUUGGUGGAAAAAUGUGUGGACAUUAUACUCAAGUAGUCUGGCGCAACUCAGUCCGACUAGGUUGUGGUCGGGCUCGUUGCAACAAUGGGUGGUGGUUCAUUUCUUGCAACUACGAUCCUGUAGGCAACUGGGUUGGAGAACGUCCUUAUUAAAGUAUCGUCUAUUUCUGACAUGUUGCUAGUACUAAAUAAAAUUUCCAUAUUACAUGUCUAGGAAUUAAAAUGAUAAGUGGAUCGGAUUGAUAUCCUAUUAUUAUUGUUGUUGUUGUUGUUUCCCUUUGAUGUUGCUAGUAUGAAUAAUUCCACGUACCAUAUGUUCAUGGUAUCGUGGCUUAGGUUCUUUACUUUUUCAAAAUUAUGAAAUUUAUAUAUUUA